AAAUUCGCUAUUGUUGCCUUGGCCCUUUUGGGUGUUGCUGCCGCCGAUGUCAGCCAUUUGAAUAACGAAUACCUGCCACCUCAUAUGGCUGCUUUGGCCCACAAACAUGUUGAAUAUGCUGAACAAAGUCAGGAAAUCCCUAAACUCACCACAGUUCACCAUGUCACUGAAACCAAAUAUGUCAAUAAACCAAUUCAAGUUCAAAAAGUGAAGCAAGUUUCAGUCUCUGUACACAACGAAGUUAAAGUACCUGAACAACAGGAACAUCACCAACAAUACUAUACCGGUUUGGUCUACAAACCCGAACAGGAAGAAGCCACCUCCACAACUGUCGUUGAAGAAACUCACCAAGAAGAACCCCAACAACAGUAUUACACCGGUUUGGUAUACAAACCCGAACAGGAAGAAGCCACCUCCACCACUGUCGUUGAAGAAACUCACCAAGAAGAACCCCAACAACAAUAUUACACCGGUUUGGUCUACAAACCCGAACAUGUAACAGUCACCCCUGUUGAAGAAGAAACCCACCAACAGGAAGCCGAACAACAAUAUUACACCGGUUUGGUCUACAAACCCGAACAGGAAGAAGUUACCUCCAACAGUGUUGCCGAAGAAGUCCAACAAGAACCCGAAGUUGAACAACAACAAUACUAUACAGGUGCUAUUGUAAAUGAAGCUGUUCACGAAUCGGAACAUCAACAAGAAGAAGCCGCUGUUAUUCCUGAACCAGUUGCUCCCGGUUCCGAUGAGUUCACCCAACAACAAGCUGCUUAUUACACCACCAUCAGCCAAAAACAAGAAACCGCUGUUAUUCCUGAACCAGUUGCUCCCGUUGUUCCCGGUUCUGAUGAUUUCACCCAACAACAAGCUGCUUACUACACAACAAUCAGCAAAAAACAAGAAGUUGCCCAAGCUCAAGUUGUUCCCGGUUCUGAUUAUUUCACUCAACAACAAGCUGCCUACCACACCUCUGUGGGACACAAAGGUGCCAGCGUGAGUGUAGGUGCUUCCACCAUCAGCCAAAAACAAAAAGUUGCCCAAGCUCAAGUUGUUCCCGGUUCUGGUUAUUUCACUCAACAACAAGCUGCCUACCACACCUCGGUGGGACACAAAGGUGCCAGCGUGAGUGCAAGUGCUUCCAGCGGUAUUGAUACUCAAUACGGUUCCAAUGGAGGCUAUAUUUAUUAG